GUGGGGAGCGCGUGUUUUAGGUCACAUGAGCCUCUUGCCCGCCAGCCCCGGCCAGGCCCCCUGCCACCCCUGUCGUCCCCGCCGCCAGCAGUCCCCGCCACCGGUCGCCUGCCCAUCCCGCUCCUCCGGCCGCCACCGCGCUGCGCUGCGCUGCCUGCGACUAGGGCUCGGGAGGGGGCCGCGGAGGAGCCGCCCUCCGUGCCCGGCCCCGGGUUCCCGCACCCGGGCCCGCGCCAUGGGGCUCUGGCUGCCGCCGCCCCCCGCGCCGCCGGGUUAGGGCAGUGCAGGCGCCCCCGGCGCUCGGCCCCCGCGGGCACCAUGAGGCCCCUGCUCCGCCGCCUGCUGCUUGCUGCGCUGCUGCAGCUGGCCCUCACCCAGGCCCCUGUGUCCCAGUUUGAUGGCCCCAGUCACCAGAAGAAAGUGGUGCCCUGGAUAGAUGUUUAUGCACGUGCCACAUGCCAGCCCAGGAAGGUGGUGGUGCCUCUGAGCACGGAGCUCGUGGGCCAUGUGGUCAAACGGCUAGUGCCCAGCUGUGUGACCGUGCAGCGUUGUGGUGGCUGCUGCCCUGACGACGGCCUGGAAUGUGUGCCCACUAGGCAGUACGAAGUUCGAAUGCAGAUCCUCAUGAUCCAGUACCCGAGCAGUCAGCUGGGGGAGAUGUCCCAGGAAGAACACAGCCAAUGUGAAUGCAGACCUAAAAAAAAGGAGAGUGCUGUGAAGCCAGACAGGGCUGCCACACCCCACCACCGUCCCCAGCCCCGCUCUGUUCCGGGCUGGGACUCUGCCCCGGGAGCACCUUCCCCAGCUGACAUCAUCCAUCCCACUCCAGCCCCAGAACCCUCUGUCCACGCUGCGCCCAGCGACGUCAGCGCCCUGACCCCAGGACCUGCCGCUGCCGCUGCCGACGCCGCAGCUUCCUCCGUUGUCAAGGGCGGGGCUUAGAGCUCAACCCAACCACCUGCAGGUGCCGGAAGCUGCGAAAGUGACAAGCUGUUUUCAGACUCCACAGGGCCAUUUGCCUCACAGGCCCCUUCCUAGUGG